AGCAUUCCGCGACUUUGCCCAUGCAAACAAAAAAUGGUGGCUCCCUGACCGUACAUGUGGCUCUGCAGACGGACAAACUCAUCUAAGAUCGACACUGCUUUCUUUAAAAUAUCUUUCCAAACAAAACAGCAGACUCUAAGCUGAAGCAGUCAGCUCCGUGAAGAUCUGAAACAUGCAACACGACGACGUGAUCUGGGACAUUAUUGGCAACAAACAGUUCUGCUCCUACAAAGUCAAGACAAAGAGUCAGAACUUCUGUCGUAAUGAAUUCAACAUCACAGGGCUGUGUAACCGCGCGUCCUGCCCGCUGGCCAACAGUCAGUACGCCACCAUCAGAGAGGAGAAAGGUCAGAUUUUCCUCUACAUGAAGGUGAUCGAGCGAGCGGCGUUUCCUGCCAAGAUGUGGGAGAAGGUGAAGCUCAGUAAGAACUACGAGAAAGCUCUGGAACAGAUCGAUGAGAAUUUGAUCUACUGGCCUCGAUUCCUUCGACACAAAUGUAAACAACGCUUCACCAAAAUCACUCAGUACCUGAUCCGCAUGCGCAAACUGGUCCUCAAGAGACAGAGGAAGUUGGUUCCUCUGAGCAGGAAGGUGGAGCAGCGAGAGAAGAGGAAAGAGGAGAAAGCUCUGAUCGCCGCUCAGCUGGACAACGCCAUCGAGAAGGAGCUGCUGGAGAGACUGAAACAGGGAACGUACGGAGACAUCUACAACUUCCCCGUCCACGCCUUCGACAGAGCGCUGGAGAAGCAGGACGGAGAGAGCGAGUCAGAGGAGGAAGAGGACGAGGAAGAGGAGGACGAGGAUGUCGGGAAGAGAGAGUUUGUGGCAGAAGAAGAAGUAGAGGAGAGCGACCUGAGCGACUUUGAGGAGAUGAACAAACUGAGGACGAGCAGCGACGAGGAGGAGCAGGACGAGGAGGAGUCGAGUGAAGACGAGGACGAGGAGGAGAUGGAGGUGGAGACAAAGUCGAAGGCCUCGAGGUCGAAAGGAAAAUCUCCGGCUAACGGCUCGGCGGCGAUUAAAAAGAGAGCGUACGUGGAGAUCGAGUACGAGCAGGAGACAGAGCCCGCCUCCAAGAGCAGAACCACGUAGUGAUGUCACACACCGUCCAAUCAGACUGUGAGCUGUGUGUGAGGUCAGAGGACUCUCUGCUGAGGACACACCCACCAUGAUGACACACACAGGAGACUUUUAGUCCUCAAACUGAGACUGUUUGUUUUAUAUCGAGUGAUCUCUCACCCGCCGUCUUUACUCCCCGUCUUUACUUCCUGUAAGAACAACAACAAUAAUAAAACAUAUAUUGUUACGACGAGGUUAA